AGGCAGAGCUGCAAUUGGACUCCGAUGAGGAUCUUGAGGGUCAAGGCAAACAGCAGGUGGAAGUCUUCAUGCAGAAUUCUGAAUGGGCAGCAAUGGACAGCAGUGAGAGUGAUGGAGAUUGCGAUUUGGACGAUCGGCGAGAUCGUUAUGCCCGGAUUGCCCGAGCGCAGCAGAAAGCAGAAGCUGCACAGCGCUGGACAGAGGCUGCGAGAACUGCCCCAAGAAGUCGGGCACAUCGGCGUACGCGGUCGUUGCUUGGUGGUGCCUCCUCGUUUCAGCUGAGCAUCGUGCAGAUCCUGAGCUUUUUCUGGUUAGAGACCUGGAUGAACAUGUUCGCACUCUUCCAUGUGGCCUAUGCGGGAGACUGGAUUCAUGCUGCGUGUCUGUUGCCUUCGCAACUUCUGGUAGCCCUCAUCCAGAGCUACUUGGCACUGCAUGAUUCAGAGCUGGAGCGGCGACGUGUGUGGCUGGCCACGAUGGUCUGCGGCAGCUGCUAUGCUCUUUGUUAUGACUUAAUGAUAAUCGUGGUCUGUGGUUUGUUCAGCGCCUACACGCUGGUGGUGAUUUGCCGGCUGUUGAUGGAGGGUGUACCUGACAAACUGAACCACUUCAAAACGCCCACAGGUGGCCCCUUUGAAAGCGUCGACUGGAUGUUCAGCCGCCGGAGUUUUUACGGUGGUGAUGUGGGCUCCUUUGACUGCCUCAUCCGUUUCAUGACUGGAGCACCAAGAGUCGUUUGCCUGAUGCACCUGCUCAGAUGCAGGAGAAGUUGGGACUAUGACUUUUGGAUAUUCUUUGUCACAUUGGCCUUGAACGUAACAAGCAUGGUCCAGGCGAUGGUCCUCUUUGACUUCAAGGUGUCAGCCUUCAUUCGGAGGCAGUACGCCCUGGAGUCUCGCUACUUUCAAGGCAGCCAUUGCGCGCUUCGUUUGACAGAACUACUUCUCCGUGCACAAACUUUGGUUGGCUUUGCCAGUUGCGUGUUUUAUGCCUUUGGCCACGAGGGUGCAGCUGCUGCCAUAUUCUUGGACUACCUCGUCAGUUCUACUGCUUUGAGCGUUCUGUCGGGCUGCUCUGUGAAGACCUUGGUGCUCAGCCUGCCGCUCUACAUGAUUGACAUCAGCCGCUAUGUGGAUGAACAAGGAGUUGUAACACCUGCAAGACGCCUCUCCCUUUGGGUGGCCUGUCAGCGUGCAGCCUUGCUUGGCCUAACCGUUCUUCUCCUUGCCUCCGAAUCAUGGCUGGUUAGCAAAGAAGCAGCAGGCAUGGCUGUCUUAUUUUGCGCCCAGCUGCUGUUGAGCUUCAGUCGUGCUGGCGCACGACCCUCGGAUCUCCACGCGGCUGCCAAAAGAGGCGAUCUGCGACAGCUGCAGCAGCGCUUGGCCGAAGGCUAUGAUGUCUCACGACCGCAAUGCACUGCGCUCCGGGAGACACCACUGCACUUGGCCAUUUCCAAUCGACAUUUGGAUUGUGCCAAGAGGCUGCUUGAGGAUGGCGCGGAUCCCCACCUGCCCGAUGGCCAUGGGGACACGGCGCUGCAUGUGGCCUGCCGCCUGGGUGAAGCAUCCUUCAUCCAGCAGUUGCUGGUCCCAUUGCCAGAGGCUGGAGAGGACUACCAGGUGCGGAAUGUGGCACAGCGAAACGUUUGGGGUCAGUCCCCAGCGGAACUGGCCUCCAGCGCACCAGAAUGGCUUCAGCGCCAUUUGAGGGAGCAAGAGAGGCAGGAACUGAAGCACUUCGAAGAGUGCAAGAAUCAACCUUUGGUUGAAAGGUGCGAUGCAGAGGAGCUUGCAACCUUCUUUGGUUUGCCUUGGGAUAGGCACGAGUAUGCCAAAGCUCCGCAGGAUGUACAGAAAGGGAGGAAGACGGGACUGGUUUCCUUCCUCUUCUCCCGGAGUGUCGGGGAUCAGCUGGCGAAAGUCCUUGAUGGCCUUCGACAGGACAAGGAUGGCUUCCACAUAAUGUCUUUGAAGCCGGUCAAGGCACUUGGCUCUGGAGGAUUUGGUAAAGUCCUGAAGGUCCUGGACAAACGCACGCAGAAGCACUAUGCCAUGAAACUGCAGCCAAAGGACCGCACCACCAAAUAUGCUGUACGUGAAGCGCAGGCUCUUCACAGCUCUUACCAUGCCUUUAUCGUGGGACUGGUGCACAUUUUCCAAACAAGUGCCCACUACUGCAUUGUCAUGGAACUGUGCUUGGAAAAUCUCAAUGCGCGCAUCCUGCGAACGAGACACGGUUCGGGCUGUGCAGAGGGUUUGCCCGGUCCCCUUUGUGCACGCUACACGGCUUGUGUGGCCCUUGCUUUGGAAUAUCUCCACAUAAAGGAGAUCGUCUUUCGAGACCUGAAGCCUGAGAAUGUCCUGAUCACCAGUGGUGUGGACGCCAAUGGCGUGGCCAAGCUUGCAGACUUUGGUUUGGCUUGCCCCAUGCGCUUGGAGGAAAGCAACACCACUCCUCAGAACUUCAACUCGAUCUUCGAUGGUAGUGGCUUUCCAACUCCUGAAGCAGGCACACCUGCGUUCAUGGCAGCAGAGGUUUUUCUGCGCUGUGCGACACCCGUGGACCUUUCUGAUACCGAGGCUCGAUCAGCACGAGCAAGGCGAAUGGCAGCGAGGGACUGGUUCGCACUGGGCUGCUGUCUUCUGCUCACUCUUCUGGGUGAACGAGGAGGACGCCUUGCUACGGCGCAGAGCCGCGAGGUUCUGCUGCCGUUGGAAGGCCCGCAGCUGUCAGAGGCGCUGCGCCGCGCCCUGCGGGAGCGCCGCGCAGAGCCAGCAGCGUUGGAAAUCACUGCAGCUCUGACUGCACCUUUAGAGGAACGUGCUGGACCCAAGGAGCUUCGAACCAGCGCCUUUUUGGAGUUAGCCAUGGUAGAGAUGGAGCAAGAAGCCUUGGCCUUCGAAAACAGCAGAAGCAUUUCUGGAAGGAGUAGCCGCCGCUGAAGGAGGAGUUUCUUGCAAGCUCCUUCUGAAAGUGAAUCCCUGUAGAGGACACUCAGAUCCUCUGUUUAAGGUCGAAAGAUAUCGAAAGAUCAUUUACAAAGAUCAGAGCUUCAGUUUACGGAUCAGAUCCUGGAUUCGGGAAGUGGGCCU